AUGCGAAAGUGAAAGGGGUGGAGAGCCCGGUUUUAGAAGAGAGCGGGAGUAUGUUCCGCGGUAGUACCUCCUGUUGCAGCAACUGCCCUGAGGGUCUGACAUGCAGUUUGAUCUUCGCCAUCUUUGCUGCCGUCCUCGGUAUGGUACAAUUUGGCUACAACACCGGUGUCAUCAACGCGCCUCAACAGGUGUUGAAGGACUUCAUAACGGAGGUGCACCGCUCCCGAACAGACAACAUCUUGUCGGACGAUACGCGGGAUCUCAUCCUUUCGAUAGCUGUCUCCAUCUUCGCCAUCGGCGGCAUGGUUGGAGGCAUCACGGGAGGCAUUGUCGCUAAUAAGUUUGGCAGGAAAGGUGGAAUUCUACUGAACAAUCUGGUGGGCGUGGCUGGUGCAGUCCUGAUGGCCUUCAGUAAAGCUGCCUGGAGCUUUGAGAUGCUCAUCUUGGGCCGCCUGGCCAUUGGUUUCAACUGCGGUUUAAGCACAGCGCUUGUGCCUAUGUAUUUAUCAGAAAUAUCCCCUGUCAACCUUCGUGGUGGCCUAGGUACACUGAACCAGCUGGGCAUUACCAUCGGUCUGUUGCUCUCCAUGGUGCUCGGCAUUCAGGACAUUCUAGGCACUGAUGAAAGAUGGCCUUACCUCUUUGGCGUGGCUGUGAUCCCCGCCGCUCUUCAGCUCCUAUUCCUGCCUAUAUGCCCCGAGAGUCCUCGGUUUUUGCUCAUCACGAAACAGCAGGAAUACUCUGCAAGGGAAGCUCUGGAGAGGCUUCGGUGUACGGUUCAUGUAGAUGAUGAUUUAGAAGAGAUGAGGACGGAAGAAAGAGCUCAAGAACAAGAAGCUCAAUUGACAGUGUGUCAAGUUAUUCGCAGCAAAAGCCUUCAGCUGCCCCUGUUAAUAGGAAUUGUGAUGCAACUUUCACAACAGCUCACCGGUAUUAAUGCCGUGUUCUACUACUCGACGGACCUGUUCACGUCGGCGGGUCUCUCGCAGGCGGUGGCGCACUACGCCACCAUCGGCGUGGGCGUGAUCAUGGUGGUGAUGACCCUGGUCUCCAUCCCUCUCAUGGAUCGGGCCGGACGGAGGACGCUCCACCUCUACGGCCUCGGGGGCAUGUUCAUCAGCAGCAUCUUCAUCACCAUCGCCCUGCUCGUCUCGUUCCUGUAUGAGUGGGUGACAUAUUUAAGUGUUGUUAGUACUUUGUUCUUUGUUGUUUUCUUCGCAAUCGGUCCAGGCUCAAUCCCGUGGAUGAUCACGGCAGAGUUGUUUUCCCACGGUCCUCGGCCAGCGGCCAUGAGUAUAGCUGUUUUUGUCAAUUGGUCUGCCAAUUUCUUAGUCGGUUUAGUCUUUCCACAAAUGCAGCGGUCGUUCGAGAAUUACUCCUUCUUACCGUUCACCGUUCUGCUGGCCAUCUUCUGGACCUUCACCUACAGGAAAGUGCCGGAGACCAAGAACCGGACCUUCGAGGAAAUCGCUGCCUUAUUCCGGAGGGACGAAGUGGUCAACGUCAACGGGCUCACCGCCGUAGUGCCGCCGCGGAAGCCGCCCGCAGCCGCCGCGCCGCCACCUCCGCCGCUGCACCAGUCCGCAGAGCUGGUGGUGGCCGAAGAGAAGAACCUCGAGACUUGUUAUUUGCAUCAUUUGCCGCAUUGUCAGUACAGCCAGUAUCAGCAGAAGAAGAAACUGGUGGAGGUGACGGCCAAUCACUUGGAGGACAGGCUAUGACAACGGCCCCACGGGAACUGGCCACCAGUUCCGACGGCCUCGCUCUGAGAGGCGAUUGCAAGAAAAGCACAGGACCUAACAAGGCUCAUGAAUUCCCAGUGCCAGCUAACAGUGCUGCCUCCAGUUCUGAGACACUCUGCAAUGCGUAGAAGGAUGCUUACAGCUCAACCUUCUCACACGGCAUUUUAAAAUAAUCUUUACAAAGAAAUAUUAAC